AUGCGAUCCCAGGCGGAUCCUAAGCCGUGUCCUAACGGGCAUGCCCAAACGCCACGAUUCAAAGAAUGCCGCGCUGCCCCCCCCGCAUCGACACAUCUCACAUCUUUGUCGUGGAUGCUUCGAAGGAACGCGAUCCCAUCGUUGCCAUACUUCACGAUGGCUUUGGACGGGCAGCACCCAAUCAUUCCGGGCUUUGCGCCUGAUCCGUCCAUCUGCCUGAUCGGCGAUACCUUUUUCUUGGUGAAUUCCAGCUUUCAUCUUUUCCCCGGUCUCCCCAUCUACACCUCCUCGGAUCUGGUCUCGUGGACGCAUAUUGGCAACGCAAUGAACCGCCGGUCCCAAUUGUCGCUCUCCCGGGCAACCACUUGGAUCACCCCAUGGGACGAUGGCACGUCGCUGGUGGCCACGGGCGGUCUCUAUGCUCCGACCAUCCGCCAUCACAAAGGCAUCACCUAUAUCAUCUGUACCAACGUUGUCCACGAGUCCAACACACCGGGCGAUGAGCAUAGCGAACAAUUCAUCCUUCAUACCACCGACAUUCAUUCGGGACUAUGGUCCGAUCCGAUCAUCUUCCCCUUCCCGGGAAUCGAUCCCUCUCUGCUGUUCGACGACGAGAAGACCUAUGUGCAGGUGUGCAAAACCGGUCCGCAAUUCCAAAUCUUCAACUUUGAGGUGGAUAUCGCCACUGGAAAGAUGUUGACCGAGCCAGCUCUCAUCUGGAAUGGGUGGGCCCGGAGCUACACCGAAGGUCCGCAUGUGUAUCGAAAAGAUGGCUGGUAUUAUCUUUUGUGUGCGGAAGGGGGCACCUUUCGGCAUCAUAUGCUGAGCAUCGCGCGGUCCCGGAGUAUCUGGGGUCCAUUUGAAUCCUACUCCAAGAAUCCGCUGUACAGUGCGGAUGGAACUGAUCAUUAUGUCCAACAUACGGGUCAUGGAGACUUUUUCCAAGAUCAGCACGGCCAAUGGUGGGUGGUGAUGCUGGGAGUGCGCAUGGCCGCCGGGCGAUCCAUCAUGGGAAGAGAGACCUUUUUGGCUGCGGUGAACUGGCCUGACGACGAGUGGCCCUGCAUCGACGUCGUUCCACACCGAGAUCGUCCCGACACCACUCCGUGGACGACCGGCCGCGGUUCUUCCCCCGUCGCAGCGUGGGUCUACUUGAGAGAUCCGAUCCUGGAAAACUACCACCUUCAGGGCCAUCGGAUCACCAUACGUGCGAGCCCGGAGGGGCUCCACCAAGCCGACCAAGCCGUCAGCUUCGCCGGCCAGCGACAACGAAGACUGGUGGGAACAGCAGGCGUUACGCUAUGCAAUCCCGUCCCUGGUCAUGCCAUACUUAGCCAGGCCGGUCUGACCCUCUACAAGGAUGAGCAUCGGUCGCUGACGAUUGCAUACGACUUCCCGGCCAAGCAGGUCAUCUUCGGGGGGCUCAACCGAUCAAAAUCCUACCGGGUCAAGCACACCCACGCGGUCAAGCUGGAGGGUUCCAUUCAAUUUCAAAUCAGAUACACGGAACGAUCACUUGGUUUCUUCUUCCUUCAUGAUUCCGCGGGCCCUUGGCAGUGUAUGCAGCUGGUGGACACCGCGGUGAUGACCGACUUCGACUUUACAGGCCCGGUGAUUGGCAUGUUUGCGGUCGGCGAUGGAGUCGAAGUGCAGUUUACCGAUUUCAAGAUUGACGAUGACACGCAUUCGGAUUGUGAAUCUGAGCCGAAGUCCCCCUCCGAGUCGUCUGGCCAGCUCUCCUAG